AAAAGUAAUACUAUGAAUUCGUCAAAGUCCUUUUUUUCAGGAAUUCAAACCCAAUUCCAUUUCCCCUCAAAUUCACAUAAUCAUCUAUUCACUCAUUCUCCAUCACCCCAUAUUAUUUCCUUCACACCCCAUCAUAUAACAAACCCAUUAGAAUCAAUAAAAACUCUAUCUAGCAUACAACCCAAGGCCUCAUUUUCAUCUGUGGGCAACACCUUUGACACUUCGUUAACAAAUGAAACGUUGUACGACUUGUUAGGAAUCUCGGAGAGUGCCCCACUCUCCGAGAUAAAACAAGCCUACAAACGUAUGGCAUUAAAGUACCACCCGGAUGUUUCACCACCAGACCGGGUCGAAGAAUAUACAACAAUGUUUAUUAGAGUGCAAGAAGCCUAUGAGACAUUGUCUGACCCCAAAACUCGAGCUAUGUAUGCUAGUAGUCUAGCUUUUUCGGGGUCAAAGGUUAAGGGGAGGUCUAAGGAGAUGGCUAGAUGGAAAGAAUCAUGGCAAGCACAGGUGGCCGAGCUAAAACGCACAAGAUCGACAGAUCGUGGCGAGCGGAUGUCUUGGGCUACAAGAAUCCGGAAGCAAAGGAAUUAAGCGUGUACAUAUUAAAUGGGUUAAACCAAGAUUAAUAAUUGGAUGGAUGAACAUUCAUUACUUUCUUGUACAUAUAAUACGAUAUGAUAUGUUAGUUGUCAUGGAUGAUAGUUUAUUACAAGUUUUAUGACUUUUAGGUGUACAACUGUACAAGUGAAAAUACCCAUGUUCUAGUUCUGCGAAAGCGCACUAGAAUUUGUUACUCGUAGUAUUUUAGUUUAUUCCUAUACUUGGUAAUUAAAUGUCAACUAUUUGGAGAUUUGAACA